CCCGAUGUCUUGCUGUAUCUAUCCCGAGACGCCCUCUACCCCGCUAUUUAAGACUGAUGACUUGACGCGACUCGUGACCCUUGGUUUCGCUGUUGUUAUGUAAUAAUUCAUAUAAUUCCAUAACGCAUUUCACAUCAAUCAAUGAUAUAUGCCGGAGACCUACCCAGAGGGCUAGAGCAAAGCAUAGGGCAUUAGAGGACUGAGGACAGAGAAUGCCACCCUUGGUCAACUGGCCAGGUGAUUUUCCCCUGACGUAACUGCGGAGAACGUCCCCCACCAAACCCAGCACCAGCCACAUAUUCCAGCCACGUACCCCAUCGCGAGCCACAUGUUUCGUUACGACGGACACGAAAUACGUACUCCUCCGUACUUCUCCAGCAUCAUCACAAAUGCACGUCACAUUUGCACAUGCUCUGCUUUGUCAUCUGACAUGCCCAGGAGGAACCCCCCUUCGGGAUCGACUCUCGGUAACUGUGUGGUGGACCUCGGCAUGUGCUCUAUAACCUCCCCCAGACAGACUUUCAAAGUCCCCCCCCAAGCCAAUCUACGGCACCUGGAGUCCGUCUACACGCUGCAUUGCCCGAGAAAUGCUCGUGUGUUCGACCUAACAACGACUUUUAACGAUCGCAAAGCGAACUAUUCCCAAACCAUCUCCCGACAUCUUUCACCGCGACGAAACCACGCGCGAUCAUUGCGACACCACACAGACCUCAUCAUUCUUCGACCUUCCUUCCCACCCGUGCUUUACAACGAUAAUUGACACGCUUUUGAUACCCUUUCGUUGAUCAUCCCACCCCUACAGUCGUGCGCUAUUGUUUCUUCCUCCCAUCUUUACAUCUCCCACCCAU